AUGCAUCCACCAAAACCAUGGUCAAAAACCAUUGAGCCAACAUCAUAUGAGCAAAUUUAUAGAUUUGUUGAACAAGCUCUUGAUGAGUGCUCCACGUUUAUCGAUCAUGCCGAAGCUGAUUAUUAUCAAGGAUCAGUAACAUCAAUAAUUCAGUCUACAAAGCGGCCAUUAUCUGUCAUUGCACUUCAGGCAUGGUCACAGCCAUUAAAUCAAUUGCGUGAAGCGCGCUUACUGCAUGAUAUUCGUAACGGCAAAGCAAUCCGAGAAUUACUUAGCGAAGCCAGUAUUGGUGGAUUAUAUGGACCUGUAACCGAUGAAGGUUUAGCUUUAAUGAAAAGAGUUUUGGAUAAAACAACAGAACAACUUUAUGCAACCAUCCCAACGUUAAUAAAUAAAAUAGCUGAUUCAAUGAAUUUAAUGGAACAAUAUUUUCUUUCGUUUUAUGAAAUUGAUCAUAUUCAAGAUAUUAUUCAAAAUAAGAGAAAAGAAAAACUACCUGAUGACUAUCUUGAAACAGCAUACACCUAUGAAAAAUCUCGUUGGUUACAUAUCUUUGAUGUGAAUAAAUCUUUGAAAAUUUUACGUGAAAUGCCACAACGCGUCGAAGAUACGAAAGGCAUUGCACUUUCAACAUUGUCAAAAGAAUCUCAAGAAUUAGCAAGUCGCACUGAUUGCACAUUACUGCCAUAUUUAUUUGCGUUACCUGAAUGUUACUAUGAAGCACGACGAACUUUAGAUUCUCUUCGCACAUGGUUAGAUGAAGAUGCAAAAUACAAUGAUUUUAUUCAAACAUCACUUAAAUUACUUGAAGAAAAAUAUGUUGAAGCAAAAAAAGCUUUCGAAAUAAAUAAAUCUCAAUUGAGUCAAGUUGAACAUCGGGCUGAAUCAUAUCGUUCUCAAUUAAAGAAGCUGGAAAAUGAAAAUGAGAUCAAUGAAAAAAAAUAUGACGAAUUUGAAACGCGUCUCAAUAUAAAAGAACGUGAAUAUAUUUCAAAACGUUUAACGCACGAAGUAUAUGAAGAACAAGUUCAGAAAUUAUUGAAACAAUCUCACGACGAACAAGAUAGCAUUGGACAUAAUUUAACAGUUGGACGUUUUCAACAAGACAUAAAACAACUUUCAAGAGAAUUACCGAAAUUAAAAUCUCAAGUUGAAGCUUUUCAAGCACGUAUAAAUCUUUUUCAAAAGCGUAAAGAUGAAUUAAUUGAAAUGCGCAUUGAAAGUAAGAAACUCGAUAAAGAAAUACAAGUCGUAUUAGAAGAUAAAAUUCUGAAAGAAAAUUAUUUUAAUCGCAUACAACGUUGCCGUGAUAUUAUGCGCGAUAUUUAUAAAUGCCGAAAAACAAAUGAUUUACCACAAAAAAUCUUCUACGAUUUACCAGUUCAUAGUAAACAUAGUGGAGAAAAUGAAGAAGACGAACUUUCCAAAGCAUUCCGUCUCAUAUCAAAGUAUAUUGGCCGUGAUUGGAAUCGACUCUAUUGGCAAUUGCCAUUUUAUCCAACACGUGGUCAAGAAGAAUUGUCCAAAGAUAUACAACAUGUUGAUGAAAAAUAUCAACGUGGAGAUGUUUUUCAAGAUCAAGCCAUGGAAGCAUUAAAUAAAUGGCGACGUUUUCACACACGCGCUAAAGUUGAUGAUCUUAUUCAUGGACUUGGACAAAUUCGUCGUUUUGAUAUAGUACAAUUAAUUGAACGACGAAUAAUUAAACAUAAACAUUUAUUAAAUAUGGAUCAACACGAAGUCGAUCCAAGAAAAAAUGAAAUUGAAAAUUUAAAUCGAAAACUGAAUCGAUUAUUCGAUAAGAUGCGAUCCGGUGUUAUUACUUCGCGAGAAACGUACGUUUAUUCCACGAUUGGACUCGAUCCAAUGAGACCGUCAACAAAAUUAGCUAGUGUAAAUGGUCCAAAUCGUAUUCGUCCUAUUCGUUCGAUAUCAACUAAUCUGGAAAAAUCUACAGAUGAUCACAAAAAUCAAGAGUGA